UCGAGCGUCGCGAGGUUCGUAGAUCCUUACCCAAAGUUCUAACCGAUUGCAAUUACUGCGCAUUUAGAUCUUUUAGAAUCUGCUUUAAUUGUUGAAACCUAGUAUAGCUUACCAUAAAAUAUCAAAAUGGAUCAAAUUAAAAAGAAGAUGACGGAUCUCCGUAAUCGUGCCGAUGCGGCUGAGGAAAAAUAUGACGAAGUCUUAGAAGAAAAGAAAAAACUGGAAGCAGAGAUAGAUGAAAUACAGGCUGAAUGCGAUUCAAUGACAAACAAAUGGAAGGUUGCAUCGGACGAGGCCGACCAAGCAACGAGUGAGCGUGAUGAUGCCAGAAGACAAUACGAAGAAUUGAAACUAGAAUUUGCAGAUCUCGAGUCUCAAUCUGAGUCCUCAAUAAGGAAACUCAAAUUGGUUGAAGAUGAUUUAGAAAAGGCAGAAACGGCUCUUGAAGAUAUGAAAAGAAAUCUGACAGAAGUGGAGGCUGAUAGAGAUGACAAAGACAUGCAAUUGCGGAAAUAUGUGAAUUUAGAAGACAAUACAGCAAACACUUUGGAACAACAACAGUGUGAGUUACUUCAAGCCAAGGAUAUUGCACAAGUAGCUGAUUCUAAAUAUGAAGAGGUUUAUCGUAAGUUUAAAAAAAUCGAAGAAGAGCUCCAGUUAGCUGAAGACAAAUUAGAAAUUGUUACAAGUGAAAAGAAAAAUUGUGAAGAUGUGCUUCAGGCAGCACAAUCAGAGUUGAAGUCGUUCUAUGCAAUGCAGAAUCAAUUUGAGGACAAAGAAGUGGAAUCCCAGGAAGCUGUUGAUAAAUGGAAAGCUCAGGCAGGAGAGUUGCAAAUACUGUUUGAGGCCAAGUGCCAAGAAGUUGAAAAGCUAAACAGGGAAGUAAAUGAACUCGAGAAUGAAAUCGAAAAUAAAACACGACAGAAUGAAGAGAUGAAAUCUGAACUUGAGUCAACCUUGAACGAAUUGAACAACAUAUGAGAUGAAUAACGAAUUCUGAAAUGUGUUCCCCUGUGACAUCAUAAUGACAACUAUCUAAAUUUUCAGCACUCUGAUAAUUGACAAUGAAACGACUGACAUUAUCUUAAAUGGCAUAAACAAGCCUUAAAUGCAGCAUAUAUGCGAUGACAAAUUUUCAAACCAGCGAUUCUAUCUUAUUUGGAUUGAUCAUUUAUAUUUCUUUAUAUCCAGGUAAAUUUACAAUGUAAUCAUGGUUGCACCAAAACACCAUUACAGGAGAAUUUUAUCCCUGUUUCUAUCGGUGUUUUUAUUUUCUUAAUUUUUCCAAUUUCAAAUCAAGUGACCUUACUUUGUACAUAGUAAAAUUAUUAUGACCGAUAAAAUAUUUUGCCAAAUCAUCUCGGAACCCAAUGUGGCGUACAAGAAGCUUGGGACAUGAUUCGACAAAAAAUUUUUAAAUCUUGGUGCGUUCAGUAUAUUUUACUCACAGAAAUUUUCAUUGUAAUUAUUAUUCGUUGCUAGCUUGUAAUACAGAGGUUGCAUGCUACACCAUCUUAGAUGUAUAUUUUCAAAUUAUUAUUAUUAUUGAGGUCACUCGACCGUUAAUGAAAUGUAGUCAGAAGAUCGCAAUGCAUUUUUUUCUGCAACAAAGCAACAUAGUCCUAUGGGAUGUUGGUUUUACAAAUUUAUCUUUAUAGCUUUACAUUAAUUAAGCAUACUUAUUUGUUACUAAUCAACGAUAGACAUGUUUUUUCCUCGUUUUGGCGGAUACCAUCUCCCCAGUUUAACAUUGUGGAACGUUUUUUUCAGUAGUGUUAAUAAAAUAUACUUUUUACUGUAAGCUAA